UUUGUGUGUGUGUGUGUGAUGUGUGGUCAGUCAUAGGCUAAUUCUGGUGGGACGGCUUGUCCAACUGGGGACAAAAGCCGUGUCCCUAAUGGGGAAAAAGCUGAUUUUUGGGGCAGUGGUUAACUCUCCAGGAAAUGAAUGUAAAUCUAUGUUAUGUCGCCUAUGUAGUGUAUGUUUGUGUGUGUGAGUGUGUGUUUCUUUCUUUCUUUUUUUUUUUUUACUGACGUAAUUUGGCGUCACACCUGUUAGCCUAUAACAUUACCCAAACUUACCUGUACCGUUUACGUCCACCUGCUGCUCGCUGGGGACGCGGCGGUGAGUCUGCAGACAAGAACGGACGGACUGUCAGUGAGAAAUGAAAUGAGGUUGUACUCCUACAGAUUUGGAUGUCUGUUGGCCCUCGCGUGUUUCGUGUCGAUUACUUGGAUUAGGUCAACUCCCAGUGAUGGAGAGUCCACAGCACUGCCAGACUUGCGGACCUUGUACGAGCGUCUUUUGGUGGCUGAGAAGUUGGGAGUGCAGGUCAGCAGAAAUCUCAGCAGUAUCCUGGAGCAGCUGAGGAAUAUGUCCAGAGCUCCCAGUGUCACUCAGCCCAACAGAAACAGCGACACCACCACCAUCUCCACAACUAAAAAAACAGUAAGGCAGCUGAUGGGCGAUUCAGGUCAACAGACAUUCCUCCUGCCCAACAUUUACCUCUAUAUGCCCCACCUCAGACAACAUCCAGACAGCCUUGUGCCCAACGUAGUCCUGGGACAGGGACGCCGUGGAGUGUCCAUGGUGCUGGGCAUUCCUACAGUGAAGCGUGAGAAGCAGAGCUACCUCGUCAAUACACUCAGCUCUCUGCUCUACAGCCUGACUCUCCCACAACGCCAAGAUCUCCUCAUCAUUGUCUUUGUUGCUGAGGUGGACUCAGACUAUGUGGGCAGCGUCUCAGAGACCAUCAGGAAGAAUUUUCCCAAGGAGUCGCAGUCUGGGCUGCUGGAGGUGGUCUCUCCCUCACAGUAUUACUACCCAGACUUUGCCAGCCUCGAAGAGACGUUUGGAGACUCCAAGGACAGAGUCAAAUGGCGAACCAAACAGAAUCUGGACUUCAGCUUCCUCAUGCUCUAUGCUCAGGACAAAGGCACCUUCUAUGUUCAGUUAGAGGAUGAUGUUGUUGCAAAGGCAGACUACUACAACGCCAUGAAGACCUUCGCCAUCCAAGAAGCUUCCAAGCAAUGGCUCUACCUGGAGUUCUCCCAGCUUGGAUUUAUAGGCAAGAUGUUUCGAACCAGUGACCUUCCGAUGAUCGCUGAGUUCUUCCUGAUGUUCCAUAGAGACAAACCCAUCGACUGGCUGUUAGAUCACAUUCUGUGGGUGAAAGUGUGCAACCCUGAGAAAGAUGCGAAAGACUGUAACCAACGGAAGGCGUUGCUCAAGCAGAGGUACAAGCCGUCCCUCUUUCAACAUGUAGGCCUGCACUCCUCUCUACCUGGGAAGUUACAGCAUCUGAAGGAUAAGGACUUUGGGAAGCAGAGUCUGUUCUUGGCCCACAGUAACCCAGCUGCACAGCUGAACAGCAGCCUGAAAUAUUACCAGCAGCAUAGUCUGGAACGAGCCUACAAAGGAGAGGACUUCCUCUGGGCAUUAACACCCAUCAAGGGUGACUUCAUCCUCUUCAACUUCCCCCAGCCAAUCCAUGUAUCUGAGUUCCUGUUUCGCAGUGGAAAUAUCGAGACCAGUGGAGAUAAAUUUUAUAACACCACAGUGGAAGUGCUACCCAGCAGUGCGUUGGCGCAAGACAAAAUAGCUACUGGCUCUUCUCCUCCAGACAAAGAACCUGACAAGGGCUUCGUCAUUAUCGGUGCGUUUGAGAAUGGGGUAGCUGCGGGGAAGAUUGAAGAAGCGCUGCAGCCGAUCUCAGCACUACGGUUGGUGGUUCACUCUGACUCAGACGUCUGGGCUCUACUGAGUGAGAUACUCAUUAAAGUUUGACGACCACAGAGAAGAGGAAACCACAUGCGGGCACACACACUCUGCCAUCAAGCCCAGCGCUUCACCUGAACAAACUGCUCUCCCUGCCGAGCAAAGACUUUCACUACAGGGACUCUUUUUUUUUUUAACGAGGUUUACAUGAAGUGCCUAAACCGACUGUGACUGUGGAACUAUGUUUAAUGUUUGUUCUGAUUCAAACUGGGGUGACGUACGUUCAGUUCAAACAGCAAUAUUAAAAAUGUUUAGUAAUUACAUCUAGAAGGAAAUCCACUUCCCUUGUGAAGUGACCGAAAUGGCCACAAUGCUGGCUCACAGUAGCUGUUUAAAGACAGUCCUCUGAUCAAAGAGUUCAUUGUUAAAACAGCAGAGUUAUCCACUGAGUAAUUUAUUACAUUUUAUUUUGUUGUAACAAAUAAAGAAAAUAUAUCCAGUAGUUCCUUGUCCUUUGAUUAUUUAAUUGCUGCCUUCUUUGGGUUUUCUUUUAUUUGUUUGCAUUUACAGGAAAUAUAAAACUGCACAAGUUUCCCCAAAGCACAAAUAAUAGACUUGUCAUACACAUAGUACAGAUGUGUUUCCUUGUUGUAAUAUGGAAUAGAGGAAGUCAUAUCAUUUUCAAUACAAAACCAAAAAAAACAGUUUUAAUAUCAGCUUUCAAUAAUUUGACUCUCAAACACCGGGUAAGGAAGUGAAGUUUUAUCCACAAACAUGAGUCUGACAUGAGUAGUUUAAAUUUACUAUUACAGGUUAAAGCUGGCAAUAUUCUAUAUUUUUCUUACAAACAAAUCCCACGAAAACUACCAAAACCAACAGUGAUUAAAGCCUGAUAUAUCUUAUUCGUCAAUGCUAUAGAGCUCCAUCGUACAAAAACUGUUAAAAGCACAUCAGUGGGUUUCACUGGGUGACAUGUUGCAUACAUGAGCACUGUAUUUUCUUUUGAGUCAGUCCUACAUAUAUGGAGGACAAAAACAGACAAAAAAUGACUUUCAUUUACAGAAAUAAAUUUAAUUUAAAUUUACUAUUUAAAAAAUAAAAUUUAUUUUAAUUUGCAAGCUGACAUUUGUGCUUCAAACACAGAUGUCAGGGGCCAGUUUCAUCAAGUUUGCAACAUGCAAGCUGCGACUUGCAACAUGAGAUCAUUUUCUGUCAUGUUAUUUUUAGCACAUUUAACUCGUCAAAAUAAACACCCAACAGCCCCAAGUCAUCUUUAUACACCAGGAGCAAGGCAAAAAUAAUAGAGCCAAAUCAAUCACACUCUUAUGACCAAUUGUGCUUUGCAGUACUGCCUGUUGCAUUAAAAUACAGACACAAAAAUAAAGAAAUAAAAAUUUCUUUAUUGACUACCAACAUUUAUUAUUUACUUA